GAAGUGUUUUCGAAAGAGGCACUAAAAUAUGCCGUCUUAUCCUUAAGGAUGUUUUGGGAGAAGCUCCACUACACAAGGCAGCAAAAGUUGGAAGCCUGGAAUGCCUUAGCCUGCUUGUAGCCAGUGAUGCCCAAAUUGACUUAUGUAAUAAGAAUGGGCAAACAGCUGAAGAUCUUGCUUGGUCAUGUGGAUUUCCGGAAUGUGCCAAGUUUCUUACAACAAUUAAAUGGAUGCAGACAGUAAAAUCAAGGGAACUGUCUGAUAGGGAUCAUUGUGUUCCAGUGCUCAGACAGAAACGAAGUUUUGGAAGUGUAGAAAACACAAAUGGGAAAAGGAAGCGUUGAUGUCACGUUGGUUAUGAAGAGGUGUGAAGAAGGCCUUCAUUUCAUGCAGAUCUACAAGCUCUGGCUUUUGGCUUACCGUAUGUGUCUAAACUCCUUCUAAGAAGGAGGAAAACUUUCUUCCACAUGAAGAUAACACUUAAGAAUACAUGUAUUUACAUGCCUAUAAUAUUUUGGUUGUGCAUGCAUGCUUUCUCUUUUAAGUUAUUAAAGGAUUGUUUAAAGAGUAAA